AUGAGCAGGUGGACGCAAGUAAUAGCGCUGUUGGCUCUCAUUUUAGAACCAUUUGCGUGGGCUGACGUUGAAACUCAUGAGUACGCUCCAGGUGAGGAAGUGGUCGUCUGGGUAAACAAAAUCGGUCCAUUUAAUAACCCGCAGGAAACGUACACGUACAACACACUGCCCUUCUGUCGCGCGUCCGGAGCUGAGAAUCCCGAGGCACAUGCUUUGGGCAUUGGUGAGAUUUUGGAGGGCAAUGAGCUAUUCAAUUCUGGCCAGCAGCUAAAAUUUGGAGUAAAUACCCCGACGACAAAACUUUGCGAGCAAACUCUGUCAGAUGCUGAUGCGCUGAAGUUUGGCGCCGCAGUCGACGAGCAUUACUGGUAUCAAAUGAAUGUAGACGACUUGCCUGUCUGGGGACUUGUGGGUAAAGUUAUGAAGCCAACGGAUGAUGAUGAGUACUUACAGCACUUUCCAGUGGGUACGCGCGUAUUAUAUACUCAUAAAAGAUACUCCAUCUCGCACAAUGGCCCACACAUUAUUCACGUCAACUUGACGUAUUCCGAUGUUCUCACGUCCAUUGCAUCAAACAAGAAGGUUGAAUUUACAUACGAAGCUGUAUGGUCUGAGACUGAUAUUUCGUUUGAAGAUCGAUUUGAUCGUUAUUUGGAAGAUGAAUUUUUUGAGCAUCAAAUUCACUGGUUCUCGAUCUUUAACUCGUUUAUGAUGGUUAUUUUCCUGUGUGGCCUUGUAGCACUCAUUUUGCUUCGUACGCUUAAGAAUGACUACGCACGAUUCGCCGAAGAUGACGCUGAGGAGCUUAUGAUGGAUGGAAAGUCAUCGCUACUGAAAGAUGAUGCCACUUCCGGCUGGAAAUUGUUGCACGGCGACGUGUUUCGUGCCCCGUCCUAUCUGCUGUUGUUUACAGCACUGAUCGGAACAGGAGCGCAGUUGCUGGUCUUGUCAGUGUGUCUUAUGCUCUUUGCAAUUGGACUAUCGCUGUACGUUCAACCGGGUGGGAUCGUGUCCGUGGGUCUAUCAAUAUAUGCGCUUUCGUCGUUCGCGAACGGCUAUGCAAGUGGCGCCUACUACCAUCGAUUCUUUUACCCGCGUGUUUCGAAAGAUUGGAUUCGUGCUAUGUGCUUAUCGUCAGCUCUUCUCCCUGCAGUUACAUUCACGUCGGUCUUUUUUAUUAACGCAUUGGCUGUCAUAUACGGUACGACGUAUGCUAUCCCAUUUGUGACUAUCGUGCAAGUGGUACUCGUGUGGUUUUUCGUUUCGUGUCCACUGGCCGUUCUUGGCACGAUCUUAGGCCGUCACGGUGCAGCAAAAACAGGUUUUCCAUGCCGAGUCAACAAAUUUCCUCGGGAAGUACCCGAAGCGCGCUGGUAUCUUCGUCCGCCAGUUUUGAUUGCGCUUACGGGUGUGCUACCAUUUGGCUCGAUUUUUAUUGAGAUGUAUUUCAUCUUUGCGUCGUUCUGGAACUACAAAUUUUAUUAUGUCUACGGCUUUAUGCUGCUGGUCUUUAUCAUCUUGACGAUUGUGACACUCUGCGUAACUAUUGUGUGCACGUAUUUUCUUCUAAACUCGGAAAAUUACCGGUGGCAUUGGACGUCGUUCGCUGCUGCAGGUAGCACUGCACUCUACGUCUUUGCCUAUGCCAUUUAUUUCUAUUUCUUUAAGACCAACAUGUCGGGCUUUUUACAGACGUGUUUCUACUUUGGUUACAUGGGGCUCUUUUGCUUUGCAUUUUUCAUUAUGUGCGGCACGGUUGGAUACGCUGGUAGCAGUGUGUUCACCAGACGCAUCUAUCGCAACAUUAAGUGUGAGUAA